GUAAAAGAAUGUGGCACACUUGCUGGCAAGUCGCCGGUGUCGGUUGCCGCCGCAUGUAUAUAUCUGGUGUCGAAUUUAUCUUCACACCCAAAGUCCACUAGAGAAAUUGCUCCGGUGGCUGGCGUGUCGGAGGCUACUAUCAAUAAUUCGUAUAAGUUUUUGUAUCAUGAUAAAGAUAAAUUACUUGAAGAUAAAGAGGGUGGUAAUUGUAAGGCUUUACCGUCUCCGUGA